UACAGGACUGGACUGAGAGAGGCUGGAAAUGAUGGAGUCACUGCUGAGACUUCAUCAUUGAAAUGUAGCCUGCAGGGUACUGCUCGCUUACCAGCGUUCUCCAUGGAUGGGGACUACAUUAUUGGAGGGGCUUUUUCAAUUCACUACAAAGAGAAAAUCAUGAUUCAUGACUACAUCACCAUGCCUGAGCCACCAAGCUGCACAGGCGGCAUUAACAGUCGUGAACUGCUCUUCUCUCGUGUAAUGAUUUUUGCCAUUGAGGAGAUUAACAACAGCACAGAGCUACUGCCAGGCAUCAGGCUUGGUUAUCAGAUCCACGACUCGUGCGCCUCAGUCACCAUGGCUGUGCGCGUGGCAUUUCAGCUCUCCAACGGACAGGACCCUGUGUUUCACACAGGUGAUAAGUGUUCUCAAUCUGGAAUGGUGAUGGGUGUUGUAGCUGAGUCUGGAUCUUCACCAUCCAUCAGCAUUUCACGCAUCAUCAGCUCCUUUAACAUCCCCCAAGUGAGCCACUUUGCCACUUGUGCCUGCCUGUCAGAUAAGCAGCAGUACCCGAAUUUCUUCAGAACUAUUCCCAGCGACCGGUUCCAAGCUGACGUGCUGGCCAAGUUGGUGAAACAGUUUGGCUGGACUUGGAUAGGUGCUGUCCGCUCGGACUCUGACUAUGGCAAUAAUGGCAUGGCGUCUUUUCUUAAAGCAGCAUACAGAGAGGGGAUCUGUGUGGAAUACUCUGAAGCCUUCUACAGGAACGACCCACAAAGCAAGAUCCAGAAAGUAGCUGAUGCUAUCCGCAGGUCUACAGCUAAGGUUGUUGUGGCCUUUGCAGCUACGGGAGACAUGAAGGUCCUGCUGGAGGAACUGGCCCGGGACCCCCCUCCACCUCAUCACUGGAUAGGCAGUGAGUCGUGGAUAGCAGACCCACAAUUACUGAGGUUCAGUUUCUGUGUAGGAGCCAUUGGAGUUGGUAUUCCAGGAUCUGUUAUCCCAGGUCUGAGAGACUUCCUGAUGGAUCUCUCUCCUUCUGAAGUGGCUGCCUCCCCAACACUUACAGAGUUCUGGGAGGAUGCAUUCAACUGCACUCUGGAAAAAAGUGCUGCUGCAGUCAAAAAGGAUUGCGAUGGAACUGAAGACAUAAAUACACUCAAACACCCAUACACUGAUACAUCCCAGUUGAGAAUUACUAACAUGGUUUACAAGGCUGUUUAUGCAAUAGCACAUGCUAUUCACAAUGCAGUGUGUGAGAGAACAAAUUUCACAACCCAGUGCAACAAACACACCAGGUUGGAGUCCAGACAGAUUUUAACUGAGCUGAAGAAAGUCAACUUUUCCCGGAAUGGUUAUGUAGUGUCAUUUGAUGCUAAUGGGGAUCCACCGGCUCUGUAUGAGCUGAUCAACUGGCAGAAGAAUAAGAGUGGAGUUAUUGAGUUAGUGACAGUCGGGUUCUAUGAUGCUUCGAUGCCAAUAGGUCAAGAGUUUCGUAUCAUUAGAAACCUAACCUGGAUGGAUGGUGGCAUGCAAGUGCCGGUAUCAGUCUGCACUGACAGGUGUCUCCCGGGAACUCGUAAAGUGCUGCAGAAAGGAAAACCCAUCUGCUGUUAUGACUGUAAACCCUGUCCUGAGGGAGAAAUUAGUAAUGUUACAGACUCUCCUGAUUGUUUCCCUUGUCCCAGGGAAUUCUGGCCGAAUGCAGAGAAAAACACCUGUUUCCCCAAACCUGUGGAGUUUCUUUCAUUUGAUGAAGUCCUGUCAAUCAUCCUGGCUGUAUUCUCUGUUGGUGGCGCCUGUCUGGCCAUCAUAACAGCAGCUGUUUUCUUUCAUCACAGGACAACUCCCAUUGUUAGAGCCAACAACUCUGAGCUGAGCUUCCUGCUGCUCUUCUCUCUGACUCUGUGUUUCUUAUGUUCGCUGACUUUCAUCGGGGAGCCCUCUGACUGGUCUUGUAUGCUGCGGCACAUAGCGUUUGGCAUCACCUUUGUUCUCUGCAUUUCUUGUGUUCUUGGGAAAACUAUAGUAGUUUUAAUGGCUUUUAAAGCUACGCUUCCAGGUAAUAACAUGAUCAAAUGGUUUGGUCCUCUACAGCAAAGGAUGACUGUAGUUUCUUUCACCUUUAUUCAAGUUUUAAUAUGUACUAUUUGGUUGGCUGUGAGCCCUCCUUUCCCAGUGAAAAAUCUCACUACAUACAGGGAGAAGAUCAUUCUGGAAUGUGCGUUAGGUUCUGCUGUCGGGUUCUGGGCCGUGCUUGGGUACAUCGGUCUGCUGGCUUUCUUCUGCUUUGUGUUAGCUGUCUUGGCUCGGAAACUCCCUGAUAACUUUAAUGAAGCCAAGCUGAUCACCUUCAGUAUGUUGAUAUUCUGUGCUGUUUGGAUCACCUUCAUCCCAGCAUAUGUCAGCUCUCCUGGGAAAUUUACUGUGGCUGUGGAGAUAUUUGCUAUUCUGGCCUCCAGUUUUGGACUAAUUCUGUGCCUUUUUGCUCCAAAGUGUUUCAUCAUAUUAUUUCAGCCAGAGAAAAACACCAAGAAGCAUUUGAUGAACAAAAAUCAAUUGUAGCACAUUAAAACUUUAGAAAUAAUACAAGAAGAUGAUGAAAUGGCACAUUAAAUAUACUGCAGUUUGAUAUGCUUACAUUUAUUGGUCAGCUAAAUUUUUUACUCUAUAUCUUGCUGAGUUAAACACUGCAAUUUAUAAAUGACACUUUCAGCUGUUGUUUUGUCAAAUGUUUUUUU